UUCCAAAUGCCUUGGAAAGAGAAACUAAAAGAAUUUAAAAGGAGGGAUAAAGCUGCCAGGGUCAUUCAGAAUGCUUGGAGAAGUUUCCUUAAUGUCUCUGUAUACCAACACUUUAAAAGUCUGAUUGAUAUAAGAAGACAAGGGGAACCACAUCAAAUAGUGAGAUAUAUUAAUCCUAAAGAGGCAGAGCUUCUAGAUGCUGCUGCUGGUGUUCAAGUACGAUUCAGAUUAGGUGGUGUUAACUUUCCACCUGACAUAUAUUAUAAGAUUUUCACUCACAGACCCAUUGAAGAUCUGUGUGCUAAUAGCCCUAGAGAUUAUACAAAACUUCCAACAAAAUACACAUCUCAUAUUGAAAAUAAUAAUCGUCACGAAGAAGAUCAUAGUGGCUGGUAUCAUCGUGUAGAGAACAAUGACUGGAGGCUUGUUUCUGAUAAUUUUUGGAGGAAUACUGAAAAAUUAGUGAUGGAAGUCAAAAAAGAAAGUGAAUUCCAUUUCUCUAAACUGAAGCGAAGGCAAGAUAUGGAGAGGAAAAGAAAAAUUAGGAAAAUGGAAUGGAUGAGGCAAAUGUACUACUCAGGAAAGCUGGAGGCUAAGGCAACAAGUCACACUACUAUAAAUUUAAUUCACACAGCAACCAAAGGGCUAAUAAAAGCUUUUGAAGAUGGUGGAAUAGAUUCUGUGAUGGAAUGGGAAGUGAAUGAAGUGCUAAACUGGACAAACACACUGAACUUUGAUGAGUAUAUUGCCAACUGGAAGGAAAUGGCUACAAGCAACUCUUCAGCUAACUUCAAAACUUUCAGAUUUGAGCCAGAACAGAAAGAAAGAAAUAACUAUGAAGAUAUAUCAGAGAAAAAGGGAACACCAAAUGAUACUUCAUUUGAAAAUAAUUAUGAAGAACCAAAUUUCACUAAACAAAUGCAUUCUUUACCUUAUGGAGUAUAA